GCAAGACGCGUCGCGCCAACGGCUGUCUUUUCGAAUCUCGAACUUCGCCGUUCGAAAUCCUGUUCCAAAUUUGAAAAUGACAAUUCGCCAGUUGUAUUUUAUUAAGUGUGUAAAGUGAUAUUAAGUGACUUGGUAAAUGUUAGUGAUGGGACUUGUGUGAAACUUUUGCGGAAGGCGAAGAUUAAAAAAGUUUUGCGAAUACACUGACAAGAUGUGACAUCGCCAUGGAGGAGUGGGAUUGUACGGAAUGCGCCUUCAAUGGCUCGGUCAACAAUGGCACCAAUGUCACGUUUAUCAACAAAUUCUAUUUCUAUCAGACUGCACAAGUGGCCGUCCUCUGGAUCCUGCUAGUGGCGAUAGUGGCCGGCAACGCCACGGUGGUUCUCGCCCUCCUGCUCACUAAGUCCAGAAAGAGCAGGAUGAACUUCUUCAUCAUGCAGCUUGCUAUAGCUGAUUUAUGGGUGGGCCUAAUAAGCGUGUUGCCAGACCUGGUGCAGAGGAUGACCAUCUCGUGGCUGGCGGGCUCGGUGGCUUGCAAACUGGUCAAAUAUUUACAGGGUGUAGUAACAUAUUCCUCAACCUACGUGUUGGUGGCGCUGAGUAUAGACAGAUGUGACGCCAUUACGCAUCCCAUGAAUUUCACAGGGAGCUGGAGAAGAGCGCGGGCCCUAAUAAUAGGAGCCUGGCUGGUCAGCUUCCUCUUUUGCAUUCCAAUGCUCAUCCUAUUCGACGAAGACGAAAUACAAGGAACCCUCCAAUGCUGGUCCAGCAUCAGCAAGCUCCAAUGGCGGAUAUGGAUGACCAGCGUGUUCGUCUCCCUCUUCGUGGCUCCAGCCUUAACCAUCUCCGCCUGUUACGGAGUCAUCGUCAUCACUAUACGGCAGAAGAGCACAAGAGUUUUAGGAAAAAGAACUACUGCGUGUAGACAAAACAGCGAUGACUUGGACUCCCGGCGCGCGAGCAGCCGCGGCAUCAUUCCCAAGGCGAAGAUCAAAACUGUCAAAAUGACAUUUGUCAUCGUCUUUGUGUUCGUGCUCUGCUGGUCUCCAUACAUGAUCUUUGACCUGCUGCAAGUGUAUGACUACGUGCCCGACACGCAGGCCAACGUGGCCAUCGCGUCGCUCAUCCAGAGUCUGGCGCCGCUCAACUCCGCAGCCAACCCCGUCAUCUACUUCAUAUUCUCCAACAGGAUAUUCCUCAGUUUAAGAAACAUCCCCCCAUACAAAUGGUUGUGGUGCUGGGUCCGAGCCAGCGACAGUCCAAUUGGCAACGAGUCUCGCGCACACACGGAGCUGCUCACGUCAUCACACAGGCGGACCAGGCGUGACCUCACUGUCAGGGUAAAGGAAGACAGCCUAAAGUUCCCUAAACACCGUCUCAACCAGUGCAGCACCCGCAAGGUGAGGCUCCAUCUACCGGAGCAUCAGAACAACAACUGCCACCCACGGCGAGAGGACACCUUCUUAUAGACUUAACUCGUAAUAAGAUUCAGUAUAGUUGUACAAUUUGCAUAUGUUUUGCAACUGAGUGUACGCUUAUUCAGCAGGGUUAGCACGUGUUUGACGCGAGAGUAUGUGGCCGCGAGAAAUACUACCCAUCCUUACGUCACUAAUACAUCAUCAUCAUCCUCCUUGCGUUAUCACGGCAUUUGCCACGGCUCACGGGGGUCUGGGGUUC